UACUCCUAUAAAAGGCAGGCAGAGCCACCAGAGGGGCAGAGAGGCUGAGACCAGCCCAGAAACCUCCAGCUGCCACACGCAAGCUCCCUGCUCCCCGCCAACAUGAAUGUCUCCACCGCACUUCUCUGCCUGCUGCUUACAGCCAUGGCCUUCAGCCUCCAGGUGCUCGCCCAGCCAGACGGGAUUAGCAUCUCGACCACCUGCUGCUAUGGAUUUACCGCUAAGAAGAUCCCCACGCAGAAGCUGAAGAGCUACAGAAGAAUCACCAGCAGCUAUUGUCCCAGGGAAGCCGUGAUCUUCAAGACCAAACUGGCCAAGGAGGUCUGUGCUGACCCCAAGCAGAAGUGGGUCCGGAAUCUCAUGGAGUACCUGGACAAGAAAACCCAAACCCCAAAGCUGUGAACACUCAUGCCCACAGUGAAGCCAAGCCAAUACCCAGGAGACAAUUAAUUUAUAUUCCCUAUCUUUUCCAACACACCUGAGAUUAUUCUAUUACAGUUCUAAGGAAUAUGAGAUUUGUGCAAUAAUGUGAAUUAUAGUUUUUCUUCAGUAAUGCUUUAUGUCCUCUAAGUUGUUAAUUUUUUUUAAAGAUUUCAUUUAUUUAUUUGACAGAGAUAGAGACAGCCAGCGAGAAAGGGAACACAAGCAGGGGGAGUGGGAGAGGAAGAAGCAGGCUCAUAGCGGA